AUGGAAGUUGGACAGCCAGCUCCCGUUACCAUCGGUACCACGCUACAGGACAAUAACGGAAGUCUAGUGUUGAUUCGCGCCAGAGACAGCCGAAUGCCAUGUUGUGGGACGGUGGGCGAGUGGCGCGUGUUUCCGAGGCGCGCUGGAAAAGUCGCCCUGCAGGUGUGGCGGGAGACGGUCGACUCGGAUAUUCUUGUGCUGGUGGGCGAAAACAUCGUGGAAACACGAAUUGGUGAGGAGGACAUAGCGCAAGUGGUGGUAUCGGUUGCCCUUGGAGACCGGAUAUCCGUGGAUACGGGAGACUACAUUGCCUGGUACAGUUCAGGCCAGGAGAGUGUCCCUUUCAUAGUAACAGCGGUUCCCCACCCCGUCUGGAGGUUCACUCCUUCUACAGCACCUUCUGUUGGCGACAUGCUCCAACUGACCGGAUAUGACAUCACUGCCGACAGGGAGUUCUCCAUAGGGGCAAUAUUAGCAGCCAGUGUGACCCCGUACUUCACGAACACCGUACAUGAGGUGACGGUGUACGCUAACGCGACGGCCUCUAGCAUAGUAUACACCGUGCAGUACACUGACGACGACCCGGGCGACAUCGCAUCGUUGUCCGUUACCAUGGGAAUCAGCGAGUUGUUUGAGUUCCUUUCACCAGAUGUUCGAGUUAGCGGCGAACUGGUGCUUGGAACAUACGUGCUGACGUUCCAGGUGACUGAUAGAUGCGGGUCUGUGGACACGAUGGACGUCGCCGUCAUCGUUCAGCCGCCGCCAGUUGCCAUCACCAGUCUACCUGAAGUGACGUCAGUUUCUGAGACGGCCUCAACGCAGACGCUCUUGCACGUGUUGGCUUUCUCCACAAUCGGAAGUUACACGUGUUCCCUGGACUACAGCCCCGUACGACCGGAGGGAAACCCGUUUAUGGUGCAAGAUACGCCAGAUCAGGAGUUAGGUAUUUACCUACAAGACAACGCGAAUAUCCUGUUCAACGUGACUCCAGUCUACAACGUGACUGUGACGUGCACGGCGCUCACUUCCGCUACUGACACAGACUUCCUGUUGGUCAGCGUACAGCCCAACUCGGUGCCGAUGUUUGUGAAUUUUCAAGGUGUGUCAGCGGAAAUCCCUGACACCAUGACUGCCGGAAGUACCGUGUACGCGGUGACAGUCACGGACAGCCAGCCGAUCUCCCUUAGGCUGCUCUGUGACCCCGAAGAUGGCCCCUUCACUGUAGCAAGUGACGGCACAGUAAUUCUGACGUCACAUGCGCCCUCUGCUGGAUCAGCGUUUACGUGGAUCUUCACAGCAGACGACAGUUUUGACUCUGUGACGUCACCUACCGUCACAGUCAUCAUAACAGGUGCUUCCGUCGGCUUACUUACAAUUUAA